AUGGCGCCCCCGAUCGAGGAACAGCUUCAGUCCGAGGACUCAUAUGCAUCCGACAACGUCGAUAUGGGACAAUCCGAUGUCGAAGACCGCGCCCCAAAGCGUCGCCGUCUCUCAACGUCCUCAAACGCCUCGAACGACUCGUACGUCGCACCUGCGCCGCUCCCCGCCGUCUCCCGUAUUAAGAAGAAGGGGGAGGUCGACCCAAACGCUGAGCCCGAAGAGGAGGAACCAGUGACUAUUGCCGAUGCGAUUGCGCUCGGUCGAGAGAGUGAAGUGUCUACUUUUGCCGCUUUGAAUGUGGCACCAUGGCUCGUUAGCUCGUUGAAAAAUAUGGCUAUCAAGCGGCCGACUGCUAUUCAGAAGGCUUGUAUUCCUGAGAUUCUGAAGGGGAGGGAUUGCAUUGGUGGGAGUCGAACUGGUUCCGGAAAGACUAUGGCUUUUGCGGUUCCUAUUAUGCAGCAAUGGGCAAAGAAUCCGUUUGGAAUCUUCGCUUUGGUGCUGACUCCGACUCGUGAGCUUGCACUCCAGAUCUUUGAACAAUUCAAGGCUGUAUCCGCCCCGCAAAGUAUGAAGCCCAUCCUCAUCACCGGAGGCACAGAUAUGCGACAGCAGGCCAUCGCGCUCGCAAACCGACCGCACGUCGUCAUCUCCACCCCCGGCCGACUGGCAGAUCACAUCAAGACAUCCGGCGAAGACACCAUCGCCGGACUCCGGCGCGUGAAGAUGGUCGUGCUAGACGAAGCAGACCGGCUCCUAGCCAGUGGAAAAGGAAGCCAGCUCCCAGACGUAGAAACCUGCCUAGCAGCACUCCCCCCAACAACGGAGCGCCAAACCCUACUCUUCACUGCAACCAUGACCGCCGAAGUGCGCCUACUAAAGGACAUGCCUCCAGCAGGCGACAAGCCGCCCAUCUUCGCAACCGAAAUUGGAACCGAAAACCAAGGCAAAAUCCCCCCAACCCUCAAACAAUCCUACCUCAAGGUGCCCAUGACGCACCGUGAAGCCUUCCUCCACGUCCUCCUCUCCACAGAAGAAAACAUCUCCAAACCUGUCAUCGUCUUCUGCAAUCACACCAACACAUGCGAUGUCCUAGAACGCACACUCCGCCGCCUCGGUCACCGCGUCACCUCCCUGCACAGCAUUCUACCGCAAUCAGAGCGAACAUCGAACCUAGGCCGGUUCCGCGCUACCGCUGCGCGCGUCCUCGUCGCCACGGACGUUGCGUCGCGUGGUCUCGAUAUCCCCUCUGUAAGCCUGGUUGUUAACUUCGAUGUGCCGCGCAACCCGGAUGACUACGUUCACCGUGUUGGUCGUACGGCUCGUGCGGGCCGGAGUGGUGAGGCGGUUACGCUUGUUGGGCAGAGGGAUGUUGAGCUUGUGCUUGCUAUUGAGACGCGUGUUGGGCGCCAGAUGGUCGAGUGGGAGGAGGAGGGUGUCAAUAUUGAGAGUCGGGUUGUUCGCACUGGGGUUCUUAAGGAGGUUGGGUCUGCUAAACGUGAGGCUGCUGGUGAGAUUGAAGAGGGUCGGGAUAUUUUGGGUCGGAAGCGGAAUAAGCUUAAGAAGGUCCGUUGA